CCGCCGCGCGGCGCAGCUCCGCCACUGGAAGGAAGCAGGAUUGGAGCGGCGCAGAUCGGCUCCAUCCUCUGCAGUCUCCUCCUCAUCCUGCCCGUCGGAUUGACACACAGAUCGGAGAGAGGACCAGACUGCAAACCCUAAACGCGACGGCGGCUGCGGCUGCUGUUUUCCCAGCCUGAGAACACAACAGAGAGCGGAUGGCGAUGGAAAGCGGCAGAGUUGUCAGAGAGGGGCAGGAGGAGCUCCCAGCCUCCAGAGUCAUCGCUCACUCAUAUGUGCGCAGCCACAGCCACAUCCAUUUCCAGCCCCUGACACGCACCUCCCAGUGGCAGGCCACUCUGGAUCACACCAGGAGUCACACUCAUCACUUCAUCACUCCGUCGCACACACAGCAGCAGAGGUUCAGCUGUCGCCUCACACACAAUCUCUCGACCAUGACCAAAGGGGAGAGGGGAGGGCAGGGCUCUCCGGGGAAAUUCACCAAGCCCACUGAACCCUUGUUUCCAAAAACUCCUCAUCAGACAAACCUGAACCAGAAGUUAUCCAUAUGCAACAAAUUAUGUUUUGCAAUUGGUGCCGCUCCUAAGGAGGUGGCAUCCAGUGCUUCAGCCUUCUUCCUGCAAAUCUACCUGCUUGAUGUUGCUCAGAUCAACGCCUUCCAGGCCUCCUUGGUACUGUUCAUCGGGAGAGUGUGGGGUGCGGUCACAGACCCCAUCAUUGGGUUCCUCAUCACAAAGAGCAGCUGGACCAAGAUUGGCAGACUCAUGCCCUGGAUACUGGGUUGCACGCCAUUUCUGGUGGUGUCUUACUUCUACCUCUGGUUUGUCCCUCCCUUCAUCACUGGCAGGUUCAUCUGGUACCUGGUCUUCUACUGCCUCUACCAAACACUCAUCAAUUGUUUCCACGUGUCUUAUUCUGCUCUCACCAUGUUUAUCAGCACAGACCAGAAGGAAAGGGACUCAGCCACUGCUUACCGAAUGACAGUGGAGGUGAUGGGAACCCUUUUGGGUGCCGCCAUCCAGGGCCAGAUUGUGGCCAGUGCUCACACUCUGAAGCACUGCUCCACUCAAAACAUGUCUGGCAGUUACCUUGGAAACAGCAGCGGGGCAGAGAUCGUGAAGAGCCUGCACUCUCAGGAGUACCUGUCACAUGCAAAGGAGGUCUACAUGAUAGCAGCGGGUGUGAUAGGAGGGGUGUUCCUUCUCUGCACCGUGGUGAUGUUCCUGGGAGUCAAGGAGAGGGAAGAUCCCUACGGCCCAAAGACGGAGAAGCAGAUUCCUUUCAUGCAGGGCUUCCUCAUGGUGAUGAGGCACGGUCCGUACCUCAUCCUGACAGCUGCAUUCCUUCUCAUCACCGUCGCUAUUCAGCUCAUUCAGAGCAACUUCGUGCUUUUCUGCACUUACGCUGCCGGCCUUAGGGAGCACUUCCAGAACAUUGUGCUGGUCAUCCUCAUUUCUGCUGUCUUGAGCAUCCCAUUCUGGCAAUGGUUUCUUCAGAGGUUUGGAAAGAAGACAGCAGCUUUCUGUGGUAUCACCUGGAUCAUGCCCUUCACCAUGUUGCUGGUGUUCAUCCCUAACUUGGUGGUGGCUUACAUCGUGGCUGUCUCCUCUGGGCUCAGUGUCGCUGCAUCGCUGCUGCUGCCAUGGUCUAUGUUACCAGAUGUGGUAGAUGACUUCAGACUGCUCAACCCCUUCUUUAAAGGCCAUGAAGCCAUCUUCUACUCAUUCUACGUUUUUUUCAUCAAGCUUGCCGUCGGCAUCACCCUGGGAGUGUCCACCCUCUGCCUGGAGUUUGCUGGAUACAAAAGCGGCGGCUGCAAGCAGCCCCCUCCUGUGGUGUACACCCUGAAGCUGCUGAUCGGCGCCGCACCCAUAGCCUUCAUCGUCACAGGGUUAAUGAUCCUGGUCUUGUAUCCCAUCAACGAAGACAUACGGCGCAGGAAUAAACUCUGUCUGGAGGAGCUACGGAAGGAAAGCAUUGGCUCCACAUCUAUGGAAGAUUUGAGUAACGCAUGAACGGGAUGUUGGAGUGAAUUCACAAAGCCACGGAUUCCAGUCAUGAGGCUGGAAGGUUGCUCUUUGGUGUAUAUUACACUGUCAAACAGGGAAAUGGUUUUAAUGUAAACAUUUGUGUUUUAUUGCCACAUGUACUGUACAGUCAUCUUGAAUAUAUAUAUAAACAUAUAAUUUAUAUAAAUGAAUGUAUAUGAUUUGCUGUAUUUAACUCUAGGCUGUUAUUUAUUUAUGAUACAAACUGCAAAAAAAGAUUUGACGACAUGAGAUGAAUAAACGCCGUAGAGACGGAAUAGGACCAAGGACA